CUUCUGUUUUAACACCGGAAGAGGAGGAGUUGGUGUGUUAUACUGGGCUCCGUCCGUGUUAUGCUGUCACCCUGAUGACUUUACGGGUUUAUUAUGGAGACACACGGGGACCAGCCGAAACUAGAUGACCAGGGUCAGGACUGGGGAUCAGUGCAGGAUCACCCCGAGGGUGCCCAGAGCCGAGGAGAUGUGGAGGACAAGAUACGUCUGAUUAAAGGAGGGAUCUUCCUUGGCACGGUUGCAACAGCAGGAAUGCUUGCUGGUUUUGGCACAACGUUAUCCCUUGCAAAGAAAAAAAGCCCCAAUUGGUUCAGUAAGGGUGUCACUGCCACGGUUGCUUUGCCAGAAAGUGGAUCAUCUCUUGCUUUACGUGCUUUAGGAUAUGGAUCUCUUUAUGCCUGGUGUGGUGUGGGGUUAAUCAGCUUUGCUGUAUGGAAGGUCCUAGGAGUCCACAGUCUCAAAGAAUUUCGUGAAAAAAUGCAAUCCAUAUUUCCAACAGUGCCAAAAAGUCAAGACCAGACUUCAGACUCGUCUUUUAGCUUUGAAGAUCUUUUGAAGUCGAAGUGAGGAUAAGUCCUCGAACUUGGGUGGGAUUCUCCAAAGGAUUGAAUCUAUCUAGUGUGUAUGCAACAGUACUGUCACUAAUCAAUGUCUAUAACGUGCGCAAUAGCUGGAAUGAGGUGAGAAGUUGUUGCAAAUACGUUUAGCGCCUAUCACAGAUUCUCUAAAAUAACUAUUUGCCUCCAACUUGGAGAUGGCAGCAUAAUAUAUAAUGUAUUGUCAAUAUGUACAAAGGACUUGUCUUUAAAAUCAAUAUACUUUAGUAUUGAUUAGUUUUGUUGGGCAUUUACUGCCUUGUACCUGUACUUGAAAUAAAAGAUUAUUUUUGGUUUUGUA